AUGGAUGCCUGCUGCAGUGCCUCAAAGGCCGAGGUCAUCAGAGGCAGCUGGAAUAAUAGUGUUCUAAAUUAUUAUACUGAAACUAAAAAGACUAAACAUUACUCCGCUUAUGAAGGCAGAGUGAAGUUCAAUGAGGAAACCUACAGUCUGACACUGAAGAACUUACAGAAGACUGAUAGUGGACUGUAUGAGGCAAAAGUGUCUGGUGAUGAGGACAGAGUUGUGGCUGAGUACAGACUCUCUGUGUUGGAUCCAGUGGAGGCUCCAGUCCUGACUCUCCAGCUAAGCAGAGACACCUGUAACAUCACUCUCACCUGUAGAGGUCAUGACCUCUCUAUCAGCUCCAGCUGUUAUAAAGAAAUGUGUGAGGAGAAGGAAGUGACAUCACCUGGAGGUGUCACACUUUCCCUGUCCGCCAAUGCCAGCAGCAUCAUCUGUAACCAUAGCAACCCAGUCAGCUGGAAGAAGAAUGUUUUGGAGACGAGAAAACUUAAACAACUCUGUUCUGAUGAAGUUUCAGUGUCUCCCUCUGCUGGUGAAUCUGUGUGUUUGCUGAAGAUUGUGCUGUAUUCCAUCAUUCUGACCCUCAUGCUGUCUGCAGUCAUCACCGUCCACAUCAGAGAAAGACUGACCAAAUCAUCUUAAAGA